GUGCUGGUGGCUGGUCGUGCUGGUGGUCGUGCUGGUGGUCGUGCUGGUGGUCGUGCUGGUGCUUGUGCUGGUGGUCGUGCUGGCGGUCGUGUUGGUGGCCGUUCUGGUGGAGGUGCUGGUGGUCGUGCUGGUGAUCGUGCUGGUGCGCGUUCGGCUCGAAGACUUGCCUCCCGACCAUUGGCUCUUCCUCACGCCUGACGAAUGCAGAGACCUGGACGCCAUGCCUGCGGUGACUUUCUGCGAGGCUGACGGCUCCACGCGCACCGUCGAGACCAAAAGCAUCCGCAGCUAUGUCUCCAUCGGCGCCUCCGCGAGGCUGCACCUGCACCCGGAGCUCACGCGCACCAUGCCGGACGGUGGCCACGAGACGUUUCUAUGCGAGAGUUGCGCGCGGCCGCUGUCGGAUCCGGCGGCCGCUCCGCCUUCGCGAUCCUUGGCUUCGGGGCGGGAUUUCGGGCUGCUUUCUCGAAUCGGGCUCGAAACUCCUUCCGAGGCUGAAGCCCUUGCCCUCGCAGACGUGCGCCUCUACAGCCUCGUGGCCAAAAUACAUGUCCCUGGACAGCGCUCCAGCGCAGCAUCUAGGUCUGUCCUCAAGGGCCACAUGAUCGCAUUCGUCCACGACGGGCCCACCGCCAUCGAAGCCCAGUUCAACGCCGCCCGACUCCGCAACGUACUGGAGCACAUCCAGGUGGUCUGCGUCGGCAACACCGACCGAGUCACCAACCUCGAACGCCGCGCUCUUUCCAUGAAGAGCGUGCAGAUGCGACCCCAUGUACUCUACAACCACCUCUCGCUACGCCGCGCCCUCGGACACGUGGCCUCCACAGACGCAUCCCCUCCGAUUGCGGACAUCGCAGCCUUGCUGGCUGACUGGUCUGCUUCUCUGUCAGCUCGCCCCCGUCACGCGGACACAGGCGACGUAGAAGAGGCCAGCCGGCCAUCGGAUAUCGCCAGCGUCAGGGACGUCGCCAUGGACGACCUCCACCAGAUUCAGUGGAAUCGUGAUCCACAGGAUACCGUCCUCGGACAACCUACCGAGCCCCAGGGCGACAUUCACGCAGAGCCCACGCUGUCCUUGGACCCAGUUGGCGUCUUCUUACAAUCCAGCGACGCCGUGGCUGGCAGUAUCUUUGAUGGUCUCGUAGACACCCUUCGACGUCCCGACCCCGAGGACAUCCACGACGAACGCCAAGAGCAACCGGAUGCCAACCCUGCUGGCCCACCCUCUCACGCCUCCGCCUGUGGCCCGCCACCCACGAAGUGCCGACGACUGAAGCGCCCCAUGAACGAGUUCACCAACAACGCCGACUUGCUGUACGGCGCCUUCUGCUUCAAAGCCUUCGCAGACAUGGUCGCCGACAAAGAUGUCUACCUCGACCGACUGGACCGCGCGAAGGCAGAUCCCACCAGUAAAGAGGCCCGGGCGCUACUCAAGCAAGUGCUCGGGUUCGUGACGUGCGGCCAGCCGCACCAAUGGCCCGCCGACGAAGCUGGCCUACUGCGCGUCCUUCGCAAACAGGGCAACGAGGGGGGCGUCUCCGCGUUCUCCGAGAAGUCCGCGCCGCACUGCGCGGACGAGUCGUACGCGUUCUCCAUGGGCGAGGCAUUCCUGCAGCGCUUGGCGACUCUGAAUCCCGUGGCAACCACGUUGCUGUGGGAACAGAUGGCGGAGGCUAUCUUCACGGAGCUCGUGGGCAUGCCGCCGCACCACAAACGGAGGAAGUCGCAGCUCAUCGACGAGAACAUCCCCCACCGUGGCAUCUUCGGAACCCCAUGGGCCUGGCAUUUCGUGACCGAAACAAACGGCCGCAAGUCCUUCCACUUCCACGCCGGUGUCAUCGCAGGGGCCUCUCCUACAUUGUUGGCCGACGUGGCUGGGUACCCACGCUUGGAGGCCGCUGCGCACGCAGCCCUGGACUCGAUGCAUACGGCCCACGCGCCAGCCGACUUGCGCGCCAUCGACGUGGCCCGCCGGACGUUGCGUAUACCAGCGGGGCGUCAGACUUUCUUCCAGACCACCGACGCGCCCACCCCAGAAGCCGUCCGAGAGUUUCACAUAGAUACCGCCAUCACAGCUGCGAAGGGAGCCGGCAUGUACAUGGUGAAGUACGUCGUUAAAGAGGCUUACGAUCUGGCAGCCUCGUUAUCCGUAUUGGCGGACGCUCGUCGUCACAUUGACCUCUACCCGUCCUCGGCUGACGACGCAGGCACCGCAGCACGGUGCACUCGCCACUUCCUACAACGAGUUCUCAAUUCCAGUGCCGCCGAGCUUGCCCCGACACAGGCGGCUGCGAUCGCUCUCGGCGUCGCGUCAAGCGGACAUUCUCACGCAUACGUCAAUGCCUGCGUGUGGGACGCCGUCCACCUCAGACGUCUAUUGCCCACCGGGGUCUCCCUGCUGUCAUCUUCUUCCUCCGACAACCCUCCGCCCGCCCCCGAUCCGCCCGACAGCGAGGAUUCGCCCUUGGGCCAACGCGAUGCCGACGCAUGCACUGGCGACCCUGACGACGUCGACGCGGCAGACGAAUGCGACCAUCCACGCCGAGGCACCUGCAGCAUCUACACCACUUCAGACGGAACGCCGAUUGCAUUAUCGCAGGCUGACCACUACGCGCACCGGUCCCAACAACUCGCCGACCUCCUUUUCGACGAGUUCGUCAUGGGGAUGCGCAUCCAGAAAGUCUCCGCGGAACAGAGGGCAAAGAUAGCCGCCGAAUCGGGCAAGAGGGGCCGCCCUACGAACCCGAGCUUCGAACUCGAACCGCCGCACCCUUUGGCGGGCCAGUACGUCAUCAGGGAAAAAUCAAAAUUCGACGUGCCGGUGUUUGUCGGAGCUCCUCCGCCCCGUCUGCCCCCCGAUUCCGCUCCGCGCAACAAGGCGCGCCAGCGUAUGGAGGUGGCCCACGCCGAGUACUUCGCCGCGCUCUUCGCACCUUGGUCCGCGGCCCAACUGGAGACCGCGACCCCGACCACUUGGAGCGCUUAUCAGCGCCGCCUGGAGGACGCGGCUCACGGCUCCGCGCCUCCUGCAUCCGACUCCGUGCGGCACGGGAAGAGUCAGGGAAUCGCGGAGGGCCGCUUGUUCCGCAUCCACCAUGUGGCGACAGCCCUCACGUCGAAUACCCGGAAGACAGAUAUUAUGAGCAAAUGGCGCAUGCGAGAUCGCACUCUGUGGUCCGAAACGACCUCCUGUCCAGACGUAGCCCUUCCCCCUGGCCGCAGCAAGGAUCAAGAGACCGACGCCGCCGCAGACAUCCGCAACUUACGCGACGCUGCCAGCGCCGACGUCAACUCCAGAGCCAUGCCUUCCGACGACGCCAACACACCGAGCCACGUGGACCAUCCCGUCGCAGACGCCUCCCCGGAGGACGGCGACCCACCAGAGUUCGACCCUAUCGACGACGAGACCUUCAUGCGUCUCGUGACGACCCCCGCGACACACUCGCCACUCUCCGACAGCAAGGGCUCCGGCAAGUGCAUCUGCUCCAGGGAGCUGGGGGACUUCGCCGACGCCAUGUGCGACCCGGCCGACCUCGACGAGGCCAGUUUUCUUGUCCCGGCAGCCUUACACCACAUCGACCUUCAACUACAACGAUUACGCGGUGUCCACGGCGUCCCUUUUGGAGGCGUCGCCCUCAUCCUGGCAGGGGACUUUUGGCAGAAACCGCCUCCGAGCUCCACGACGCUCGCAGAACUCCUCGCCAGCGCUGACGUGCCUGGCCUAUCGAGGCCAGUCCGGCACUCCCCCAUGAGCACAUCAGAUAAGGGCCUCGAGAUAUUCCGACGGGCUCGCCGCACUGUCCUGACGCAGCAGAUGCGAGCUGCCGACGACCUUGGUUUCCAGACGGAUCUGCUGCAGCUCCGGGACACGACCCCUGGCGCCCCGGUUCCAGCGAGGUUGACAGACUCGCUCCGCGAGGUUUCCACCAACGACAUCCAGACACAUCCUGCGUGGUCUUUCGCUCCCAUCUGCGUCCUGUCCAACUUCGAGCGGUACCUUCUCAACGGGAUCCAGGCCGAGCGCUUUGCCAGGACGCACUCUCUACCCUUAAUCCGAUGGCGAUACCCCUUACACGGACGCCACUGCUCUAUGCUACCAGCUGAUGUCCAAGACGGCCUUUACGAGAACGAGCCAGGCAUGUGGGGAUGCUUCGUGCGCGGGGCCCCGGCCAUGCUGCUCGCCAACAUCCAGCCCACCAAGUUCUGCGUCAACGGGGCCAUGGGUUUCCUUCACUCCCUCAGCUUCGACGGCGAUGCACCGGGAGUGUUCUUGGACGCCGUUGCAUCUGGCGGCUUCCAGGAGAUUAUCCUCGAGGAGCCCCCUGCCUCUAUCAACGUCCAGAUUUCCUUGCCCGCUGGCGAAGACGGCGCUGGGAUCGAGACCCUCGUUCCUGGGUCCGUGGUCGUUCCCGUCGCAUGCACCUCCCACGUCGAGGACUACGACGCCACCUCGUUGUUCAGCAUCCUCAAGCGCGCGCCCAAGCGCAUCCGCAUACGGUGUCACGCGGUUACGCUGGCGUUCGCUUGCACGGAUUAUAAGCUACAGGGCAAGACGUGCGACGAGUUGGUGCUCAGCGUGGCCAGCACUCGCUCUCAGAUUGAGCCUGCCAUGGCGGACAAGCUCGAGACUGUGAACGAGCGCAACUGCGGUGCCAAGACCAUGCACGUGCGAGUGCUGGACCCGAUGGUGCGCAAGACCACGAAGGACUGCGAGGUCUUCACCUGCAAGCUGAUCAGCGAGAGUGGCCUCUAUUGCACAGCCGAACAUAUGAUCUUCGGGGACUCGCCGGCGGCGCGCACGAGAGUCAGCAAAGCAUUGACGACCAAGUGGACCGCGAAAUCCGCGUGGUCUCUCUCCAAGCUGAAGCUUGUGCGCAAGAAAGAGGCCUUCCACGGGAGCCCGCACUCAUGCGUACUUCAGCUGAACAACAAGGCCAUGACCACGAAAGCAUUGGACGCGCCGGAGUCCAACAAGCUGCCGGACGAGCUGGAGCCCCCCGUGGGAGUCCAGGAUGUCCUCGACCUCUCGCAGGACCAGGCGAUCGACCUCCACGGGUUCGUCUCGGAUGUUUCUCCCGAAGCCCAAUUCAAAGGCAAGAACUUGGUGGAGGCCACGGUCUGCAACGAGGCCGGAAGCAGCAUCACCUUAAAAUUUUGGGAGGAGAACGCCCCCCGCGCAGAGCAGCUGCAGAAGAAAGAGCCCAUCUACAUCUACGGAGCGUACUUGGUCCACCCCGACAGUGGCGGCGUGUGCCUGUCAGUCCGGGAAUAUAUCAUGCUCGCCGGCGGCGUUCGCGACCUCGCCGGCGACCAGAUCCAAAGCCUGACCGUCUAUGAGGCCAAGGACUACAAGGCGCGCUCCAACGCGGCCGUCCUGGACGCGCUCCUCCAGAGCAAGACGACGCCCCCGGACGCCCUGUUCGAGAUCCCGGCAGCGUCAUUCUCCCUCAGCGACACGGAGACGUUCUUGACAAAAGAUGGGGCCCGCGUCUGGGCAUCCGUGCGCAUGGUCGACCACACUGGGUCCGCGGAGGCCAAGGUGACGGAGAAGGUCGCCCUCGCGCUGACUGGCUGCAAUGACAAAGCGGAAUUCCAGGCCGACGUUGAACAGGGGUCCGCGACGUGGGCCCGGGCGCGCGUUCGGGCCACGCUGCGCGCCCCGAAGAGCGUUGAUGGCGACAAGACGAGCACGGGCCCCCGCCUGAUCAUCGCGUGCGCGGACCCCCGGAACUUCGACGCCGUCGUCCCGCUGCCCGCCCCGCAAAGCGACAGCCGCGUCGUUCCCACGAACGCCCGCAGCAUUUCCUUGAGCGCCACCGGGAAGCUGACCAUCACCAUCGGCUCCGCGCGCUUCCUCGCGAGCGGCGCGCUCCUCCUGGUAGAGGCCACGAAAGACCCCGAGACCGUGCCGCGCGAGGGCGGCUUCGCGAUCACCAACUACAUCGUGGACGCGGCGGAGAGCGACUCCGACCAGAAAGCCGUCUUCCACGCCGUGACUGCCUGCGCGACGAAACGCCCGGGCCGCUACACGCUCGCGAAGAAAGACCAGGCGCUCAUCGUGGUCACCCACUUCGACGCCGCGACGUCCGAGUUUACCGUGAGCGACAUGUGGAAGUUGCCGCCCAGCAUCACGCCCGACGCGUUCAGGGCCGAAAUUGCUGCUGCAGCUGAGACUCUGACCAGUCGCCUCACGCGCGCCAAGCGCAAGGCCGACCCCAAGGCCGAGGGCAACUUCGACGAGUUCCUCGGGCCCGCGGUCAAGCGCAUCCACGAGGCGUUCGGCGACCCGGCCGCGCCCGCGGAGAUGGGCUACCACGCCCCGGCGCUGUCGGGCUACGACGACGCAGCCCUCCUGCCAGAGGGCGCGGGCACCCGUCCUCACCGCGUCGCCGUCCGCAUGAGGGCGAUUGCGGUGAGCCUGCAGGAGCACCGGCACAUAUUGGACAAUUCUGCCUUGCUCACGAUUGAGUGCACCAAGUCGCUCUUGCAGCAGACGGAUUGCGAUUGGAUCCCUUACCAAGGCCAGGUCAUGCUCAAGCGGUACCUGCGCGCCCGCCACGGGGACCGGUACGAGGGGCACCACGCUUCGACCGUGCCGUACAUGGAGCUGCCGGGGGACGGCACGUCAUUGUUUCUCCAGAAGCUAGCGCCGGAAGCCCACGACCUCAUCCUAUCAUACUCUUCGGGCAGCGCCGUGGACGAGUCGGCGGGCAGCACGGUGGUGAGGACGACCAAGCCCAUCAAUUCCCUGAACCACAAGCUGCUGUGGCUCCUGCAGCGCCGUCAGAGUUCCAUGCCGCUCCACUCCCGCGUGCUGUCUCUGACUGGCCUCUCGGAGCUGGAGUUCGACGACGCGGAGUACGGCGUCUGCGAGGCCCGGACUUAUGUCUGGGGGCACACGUGCCGAAAGCGCUAUCCGCCAGGUUUUUCUGCGGACACGGCGGCGGCUCACAAGCAGUGGUACCGCGCCGUGGCGCUGCCCGCGGCGUGGGCCAAGGAACAGGGCCCUGCCGACGACGCUCCUGAUCCCAAGAAGCGCAGGAAGUGCGGCGACCGUCGAGUCUACGACGAUCCCUUGGCGGACGCGGCGAUCGAGGUCGGCGUUGAGGCCUCGACGCCCGUGGGCGCGCCGCUGUGGUGCGCGGUUCCAAACGCGGCCGCCCCCGCCAGGUCUACGGCGUGGGCUGGCGCCGCGGUCCUGUUGCGCGAGGUCGAG